AUGCUGGACAUUGUCAACAUGGAGGCCGGCGUGGCGGUGGCGGGCGGCCGUGGCUACUACCUCAUCCGCGAGGGCCCCCUGCUCAAUCAGGCGCUCAUCAGCUUCGCGCUGCAGUUUGCGUACAAGCGGCAGUACAGCCCCGUGCACACGCCCUUCUUCAUGAACAAGGACAUCAUGGGGGAGUGCGCUCAGCUGUCGCAAUUCGAUGAGGAGCUCUACAAAGUCACGGGGGAGGGCGAGGACAAGUACCUGAUUGCCACCAGCGAGCAGACGCUGUGCGCGCUGCACCGCAAGGCCUGGUUCGAGAAGGCCGAGCUGCCAGUCAAGUGA